UCUGGCAACCACAGACACACACUGGCUUUCAGCGGCGCAGUUUCUGCUCAUCGACAUCGAAGCUGGCUGUCCGGUCCCGCCUUAGGACCUUUUAACCCCCUCGUUUCUAAACUUAACCGAAUGGGGUGCGGAACCCUUCUCGGUUUACUCCGGUAGUCGUGUGUGUCGCGCGCUGAAUCGUGUGUCCGAAGAGUCGCUGCGUCUCGCUGCACUGCAGCCGCUGCUGCUGGAAUCGAGCAGAUCCACAAUGGCGACUCACAGUCCCAGCAGCAACUCACCAACAACUCCGUGCAGCAGAAGCAUUAGCGCUGCGGGAUCUGUGCUGCACCACACGCAACACUUAACGACAAUGAGCAACAUGCAGGAUUCCAACACAUGCUGGAGGUGUCAGAAUGAAACAGGAUUUCAGAUAAAUCUGUCUGGAGUAACCCAAAGUAAACGCAAAGCACUUAAGUUAAACUUUGCUAAUCCACCGGUCAAACCGGCCACGCGUCUGCCCAUCACCACGCCGGCUCCUCCUUUCCAGAAUCCACACAUAGAGCGGCUGCGGACGCACAGUAUCGAGUCAUCGGGGAAGCUGAAGAUUUCUCCAGAACAGCAUUGUGACUUCACGGCCGAGGACCUGAAGGAUCUGGGGGAGAUCGGGAGAGGAGCUUACGGAUCCGUCAACAACAUGGUGCACAAACCCAGCGGGCAGAUCAUGGCCGUCAAGCGGAUUCGCUCCACUGUGGACGAGAAGGAACAGAAGCAGCUGCUCAUGGAUCUGGACGUAGUGAUGAGGAGCAGCGACUGCCCGUAUAUCGUCCAGUUCUACGGCGCUCUGUUCCGAGAGGGCGACUGCUGGAUCUGUAUGGAACUCAUGUCUACCUCCCUCGACAAAUUCUACAAAUAUGUAUAUUGUGCAUUAGAUGAUGUCAUUCCAGAGGAAAUAUUAGGCAAAAUUACAUUAGCAACUGUGAAAGCACUGAAUCACUUGAAAGAAAACUUGAAGAUCAUCCACAGAGACAUCAAACCCUCCAACAUUCUCCUGGACAGAAACGGCAACAUUAAACUCUGUGAUUUUGGCAUCAGCGGGCAGCUGGUCGACUCCAUCGCCAAGACCCGAGACGCCGGCUGCAGACCGUACAUGGCUCCGGAGCGGAUCGACCCCAGCGCCUCCAGACAGGGCUACGACGUUCGCUCGGAUGUCUGGAGUUUGGGAAUUACGCUGUACGAGCUGGCCACGGGCCGCUUCCCCUACCCCAGGUGGAACAGCGUGUUCGAUCAGCUGACGCAGGUGGUGAAGGGCGACCCGCCGCAGCUCAGCAACUCCGAGGACCGGCAGUUCUCGCCCAAAUUCAUCCAGUUCGUCAAUCUAUGCCUUACGAAGGACGAGUCAAAAAGGCCAAAGUACAGAGAGCUGCUGGGUUACACAAUCGGAUUGUUGAAGCAUCCGUUCAUCCUGAUGUACGAGGAGCGUGUGGUGGACGUGGCCGGUUACGUGUGUAAGAUCCUGGAGCAGAUGCCGGCGUCUCCCAGCUCGCCCAUGUAUGUUGACUGAUGGUGAGCGGUCUGUGAACUCCAGACGGCCCGGCCACCAUGUGGUGUUCAUACAGCGUCCGACCCUUAACCCACCCGCAUUUCACUGCUUUUACCGCAUCACAGCCUGCGUCGAACGUUUGCUCUUCGAUUGAGCUUCAUUUCAAAACGCUGAACGUCAAAACAGUGACGGCGUGUCACGUUAAAAAUGUUCGUGCCACUUUUUGUGGCGUUGCUUCUUCACGCAGGAUCUGCGCUGCAAAACGUGAUGUUCUUCCUCAGUGUUUCUGUCUCGUUUUCCAGGACAAACAUCUAAACUUUCUUAAAUCAAGAAACAUUUACUGGAGAAGAGAAAUGAGUGACAAAAUCAAUCAAAAUGAAGUGAGUUUAUGCUUGAAACGAGAACGGAUAUCUGCGGAUGGAGUCGGAAAAAUCAUCUUGUUUUUCUUUUGAAUGAAGUUUAUUUUCUGACUGCACUGUUCUUGUUUUAAGCUCAAACUCACUUCAUUUUGACACAUUUUACAGUAAACAACACUUCAUAUCUUCACUCAUUUCUCUUCUCCAGUAAAUGUUUCCUGAUUUAAGAAUGUUUAGAUGUUUGUUCUGGAAAACAAGACCGAAACACUGAGGAAGAACAUGAUUUUUUCAGCAGCGCGGAGGCGUCACGCAGUCGGAGAACAAACGUUGAAUGUAGGAUUUGUGCUCAUUUGUGAAAUGAGAGUCUCGGUUAAGGGUCUGAGUAUUUCACCAUAAUUGUACUAUCGUUUAUGUGUGAACACAUGAUUGUGUUUAAAGAGAAAGUCCCAAAACAUUUUGUGCAAUAAGAACUGGCUCUCAUUUAAAAGCCAUUCACAUCACGGUGUGUAAACAAGCUUCAGAUUCAGCAAAACAGCCUUUCUAAUUUCUUUGCGUCGUGUGUGUGUGUGCGUGUGUGUAAAAUCAUUUCGGAAUAUUAACAAGCAAAACUUGAAUUUGCUCAUUGAAGAAGAAGACAAAGACCGUCAGAUCAAGUGUAAUAGUUGAUGGGAUGUAGAUGUGUUACCAAAAUGACGCCACAAAAAAAGGAAGGAAGCGCAUCCGUUCGGGUGUUUCUCUUCGUGUGUGUUUGACACAUUGUACAUCAUGUCACUCUAUUUAAUGAAUCGGUAUGCAAAGGUCUUGUUCUGCAUCAAAGAAACGUGUUAAAGUAGCUUUACUUGCUCAAUAUGCAAUAUUACGUCACGACGAUCCAAACGGUUUCCACUCACGUCUAGUGUACCGAACGCUCGGUUAGCUUCUCAUCCACUGUAAAUGUGUAUUAUUUAUACUCGCGCGGAGGAUUGACGCGCGUCUCAGAAGCUCGUCCUCGCGUUUAAAGCAUGAUUUCAUGGAUCUGGCAUGACGGUUUAAGACCCGCCUCACAUAAUUCAUCCAUAGGUCACUUAUUUUAAAAGAUGUACAGCGGUUAUUGAACAUUUUAUGGACUGAUUGUAUAAUAAUACGGCACCGGAUAGUGUUCGGAGGGUGUUUCGGAAAAAGCGUCAGGAUGGAGCGGCAAACGAGUCACGUGAGCUCAUUAAGAAUCCAACUUUGCUGCUCCGCAGAAGAAAAUCGGAGAAAUAAUCGUGUGAACAUUUGCAACUCAAGAAUGUUUCGUACGGGGAGUAAAAUAAUUGUAAGGGCGAUUGUGUAUUAUUAUAUUGUAUCAAGAGUGGGAAAUAUGUACAGAAAAAAUGAUCACUGUGAAAAUAAUAUUUUACGUGUAUGGUGAGAAUCUGUAAAAAUUGUACCAUGGAAAUGUGCAGGGAUAAAGCCGUAUAUGUUCAGGUUUGGAUAUUUUGCCCUCGUCUUACGCGCGUCACAUGGUUAAUGAGGACAUCUCUGAAUACGACGGGCGUGUUCGCCUGCGGGUCGGUUGUGAUUGUUACGUUAUUGUCAUUCUGCUCUGUUAGAUCUGAACACAGCCAUGGGUUAAUGCUAUAGAAUAAACCAAUACUCAGCCA